AGUCAUAGAGUAAGUUGCUUGUCCUUGGUUAGUGGCUGCUGUAUUUCUGUUUAUUCAAGCUCUCCGAGGCAGGUUUAAGGAAAGCACAAUGGUUGCUGGAAUGUUGAUGCCUCUUGAUAACCUGAGGGCCAUUUAUGAAAGGCUCUUCCGCGAUGGUGUAAUGGUGGCCAAGAAAGACAAGCGCCCUCAAAUAAAGCACCCUGAGAUACCAGAGGUGGGAAACCUACAGGUGAUUAGAGCAAUGGGCUCCUUGAAAUCCAGAGGGUUUGUAAGGGAGACUUUUGCUUGGAGGCAUUUUUAUUGGUAUCUUACUAAUGAAGGUAUUGUUUACUUGCGUGACUACCUACAUCUGCCACCUGAGAUCGUGCCCACUCCAUUGCAGAGAGUGCGGCGGCCAGCUGCUACCUUGUCCAUUGUUCAGAAGACUGCACGAGUGCAGGCUGUAGAGGGUCCAACUUCAUAUGUUCCCAAACCGGGAAAAGUGGGUGCAGAAAGCCAGGAGUCUCUGUUGGAAAGACAGGGGUACCGUCACAAGAGGAUGCAAACUGAGAAUGAUGUCAUGCCCAAUGAGAAAACAUCAAGGUUUAGAGGACGUCCAAUUACUGUUGAUUACAGCAAAUCCAGGCCAUCAAGGGAAUCUAGGGACCAAGUUCAGUCCAUGUUUCAAGGUGGUCAAGACAUAGACCAAAGUGUCAAGAAGAAGACUACCACAAUUUCCCAUCAGCCACCUGUUAAACUUAGCAGUGCAACAUCAACUUUGGAACAGAAGAUGCCUGACAGCUACAAGAAAACCAGCGGGGCAUCUCUGAUGACAAGUGCACCAAAGACCGUGGAAAAUGUGGCUCUUGCAGCCAAAAUUGCUGUUACUGCUGAAAAAGCUGUAUUAGAAGCCUCAAUGUUGACUAGCAAAGCAGGUAAACCCAAAGAGGAAGAGGUCCGUGUUAACGCCUCCCCAGAACUCAUCAUUACCAAGACAGCCAAAGAUGUCUCUAUGACACCAAACAUGAAAGAUCAAGUGGAACAAACAUUGAAAGAGACCAAGAUUAAUAUUACUCAGGAGCAACUAGUCAAGGAUAAAAUGUUACAAAAUGUAGAAACGAGCAUCUCUGUAAAAACAUCUACUUCACAGUCAGCAGAAAUGAAGCCAAAGGCUAAAGCCUUACAAGAAACCAUCAUUAGCAAGACAGCCAAAGAUACCAAUGCUUCCUCGUCCUCUAAAGGACAAAUGGAAAAAUCACUGAUAGUGAACAAGAUCAAGAAUAUUCAGGAGCAUACAGUCAAAGAGGAAAUUCCCCUAAAUAAAGAAACCUGUCAGCAACUCAUCACCAGUGAGGCACCCAAGGCUGUCUCUUUGUCUUCUCAUUCUGGAACAUUAGUAGAAAAAACAUUGAAGAUCAUCAAGACCCGGAAUGUUACGGAACAUCUAGUUGAGGAGAAAAUAUACAAAAAUACAGAAACGCAUAUCUCUGUAUCAUCCAUACCUACUGUUUCACAGACAGUGAAAUUAAAGUCAGAAGUCUCCCAGCCAGCCAAGGAUGACUCUGUGAUUCCCUCUGAAAAACAAGUGACCGUAGCUGAGGUAAAGAUUGAUCAAGAGCAUCCAAUCAAGGAUGAAAUGCCCAAAAAUACCAAAAUAGGCACAUCCACAACAACUUUUACUAUUGACCCAGUAGAACCAAAGGCUAAGUCCAAAGCUUCUCAGGAUCUCAUCAGUAGUGAGCCAACUAAGGAGACCUCAGUGCCUCGUUCUUCUAAAAAACAAGCAGGAAAAACGACCAAGGCAAAGAAUAUUCAAAGCCAACCAGCCAAGGAUGAAAUGACCAAAAAUACGGAAAAAAGUCUCUGUUUAUCCACUUCUGUUUUUCAGGCAGUGGAAUUGAAAAGUAAAGACACAGAGGAAGUAGUUACUAGUAAACCACCCAAGGAUGCCGCUGUUCCUCCUCAAACUAAAAAACAAGAGGGAAAAACACUGAAAGUGAUAGAGGCAAAGAGUUCUCAGGAGCAUCUAGUUAAGAAUGAAAUGUCCCAAAAUAAAGAAACUUGUAUCUCCAUGGCAGCUUCUGCUGAUCAGGAUCUCAUCAGUAGUGAGCCAACUAAAGAGACCUCAGUGCCUCUUUCUUCUAAAAAACAAGCAGGAAAAAUGACCAAGGCAAAGAAUAUUCAAAGCCAACCAGCCAAGGAUGAAAUGAGCAAAAAUACCGAAAAAAGUCUUUGUUCAUCCACUUCUGUUUUUCAGCCAGUGGAAUUGAAAAGUAAAGACACAGAGGAAAUAGUCACCAGUAAGCUACCUAAGGAUGCCGCUGUUCCUCCUCAAACUAAAAAACAAGAGGGAAAAACACUGAAAGUGAUAGAGGCGAAGAGUUCUCAGGAGCAUCUAGUUAAAAAUGAAAUGUCCCAAAAUAAAGAAACUUGUAUCUCCUUGGCAGCUUCUGCUGUUCCGGAACUGGAGGCACAAACAAAAAAUAAACCGGAUUUGGCUAAAAGUGAACAUAGCAAGGAAAUAAAAGACAAAGGUGACACUGGCAAAGCUUUAGGUUCAGGAGUGGCACAUGCUUUCAAACCAAAUGAAGAUGCAACAGUUGCAAAUGAUGUGGUUGACUUUGUGCAAGAAAAAACAGAGGUAUGUCUUGCCCAGAAAACGUCUGAAACACCCUUGGAGGAAAAGACCGGUAAUGUUGAUGCAGAUUCAGCCGUACCCCCAUCAGCACCUUUGACUGUAUUAUCAAGCAAUGUUCCGAAGCGUAAGAAGUCACAGAAGACAUCUGGUACUAAAGAGACAAAAGACACACAAAUUGCAUCCACACAUAUCAAGCCUAUUCAAGUUAAUGCUCCCAAAAUGGAAGAAAUUCAAUCUCAGGAAUCAUCUACAACUGAUAAGAUGCUGCAGCAUGGCACUGAUCCAGUGUGUGGACUUUCAGAUGCAGCUACUAUUGAACAAAUGAAAGAAGUUAUUAUUCAUGAAGAAAUGAAAGUUGUGACACAAACUACACAAGUGAAAAAGAUAACUAAGCAUGAGCUGACAUCAAUCCAGCAAACACCACCACCAAUCAAAAAAAUGGAAGAAACAGAAUCUAAAGAUUCAAAGACGAAAGAAGCAGACGCUGCCUCAAAGUCUUCCAAAAGAAAAAAGAAAAAGCAGACUGCUGCUGACAAACAAGUUCCGUCAUCAGCUGCUGGAAUCAAUGCAGCUGAGGAAAUGGUGACAGCCCAGGUUGCAGUUAAAAUUCUUCCCAACCAAGGGUCUGAACCAUUUGCAAAAAGUGAGUCUCCUAAAAUCUGCUCUGACGAAAGCAGCCAGUCAGCAGCUGUAGAGAGCGAGGCCCCUUUACACAAAGGGGAGGUGGAGCCAGCUCAGCCCUCUGCUGAAAAAAUAAAAGAGGAGGUUUUGAAAGGAAAAACAUCCUCCUCACAGCGACUGAGGGAAGCACCCACAGCCCAAGCGUCAGCAGCAGCCUCAGCACAGGCCGGCCCCUACCCUGAGCACGGGGAUCCUCCCAGUGUUGCACAACACUCAACCACUCCUGACACACACAGUAGAGGAGAGAAGCAAAAGGUGCUGUGUGAGAGCAAGGCCAUUAAACAGCUUGUCACUGGCCCUCUCUCUGCUGAGGAGAAACAAGCGCUAUCCGAGGAAGAAGCUGCCAUGCGAAAGAAAAUAGUUGUAGUAGAGGAGGUGAUUGAGGUGCAGCAGCAAGUUGCUUCUCCGAGUGCAGAUGGAAGCCAACCUGUUGUACCACCCGUGCCUGAGAUUCCAGGAGAUGACCUGGACUAUGAUGUUUUGGAGGAGUUGGCUAAAGAGCGUGCUGUCUUUAAGAGUCCUGUCAAGGAGGUCACCUGGGACCAUUCUCUGGAUGAGCCAGAGCCUAAAACCUUCCCAAAUUUUUUAGAAGAUGAACGGGACAGGGUGCAGAAAAAAACUUUCACAAAAUGGGUGAACAAGCACCUGAUUAAGCACCAGAGAGCAGAGGCACAGCGUCAUGUGACUGAUCUGUAUGAAGACCUGAGAGAUGGACAUAACUUGAUCUCACUGCUGGAGGUGUUGUCCGGAGAUACACUGCCUCGAGAAAAAGGACGGAUGCGAUUUCAUAAACUUCAGAAUGUACAGAUCGCACUGGAUUUUCUCAAACACCGGCAGGUCAAGCUGGUGAACAUUAGGAAUGAUGAUAUCGCAGAUGGAAAUCCAAAGCUUACGCUGGGGCUCAUAUGGACCAUCAUCCUCCACUUCCAGGUCUCCUCCUCUAUUUCAGACAUCCAGGUCAAUGGACAGUCUGAUGACAUGUCAGCUAAGGAAAAGCUGCUCCUAUGGUCACAGCGUAUGGUGGAGGGAUACCAGGGUCUACGCUGUGACAACUUUACCACCAGCUGGCGAGACGGCAAGCUCUUCAAUGCUGUUAUCCACAGACAUCAACCAAGGCUUAUCGAAAUGGGAAGAGUGUACCGCCAGACCAACCUGGAGAACCUGGAGCAAGCCUUCAGCGUGGCUGAGAAAGAGCUCGGUGUCACACGCCUACUCGACCCAGAGGAUGUUGAUGUGGCUCACCCUGAUGAGAAGUCCAUCAUCACAUAUGUGUCCUCACUCUAUGAUGCCAUGCCUCGUGCACUCGAUGCUCAUGAUGGCGUCAGAAUAAGUGAGCUUGAACUGCGCUGGAAGGAAUACUACGAAUUGGUCACCAUUCUUCUUCAAUGGAUCAGACAUCAUGUUGUGAUCUUUGAGGAGAGGAAGUUCCCCGCCAGCUACGAGGAGAUUGAGCUCCUGUGGCGUCAGUUUUUGAUGUUCAAAGAGUCUGAACUUCCCGCCAAAGAGUCAGACAAGGACCGAUCCAAACUUGUUUAUCAAACCUUUGAGAGUGCAGUUCAUGCUGGUCAGAUCAAAGUGCCCCCCGGUUACCACCCUAUUGACGUCGAGAAGGAAUGGGGCCGACUUCAUGUGGCAAUCCUAGAAAGAGAGCGACUCCUCAGAACUGAGUUUGAGAGAUUAGAGCGGCUUCAGCGGAUAGUCUCUAAGGUGCAGUUGGAGUCUGGUGUGUGUGAGGAGCAGCUGAAUCAGAUGGAAAGCCUCCUGCAAUCAGAUAUCCGACUGUUAAAUGCUGGCAAACCUGCCCAGAACACGCUUGAGGUUGACAAAGGCUUAGACAAGGCCGAUGGCUUGAUCCGUCUCCUCUUCAACGAUGUACAAAUUCUCAAAGAUGGGCGCCACCUACAGGCGGAGCAGAUGUACCGCAGGGUUUACCGUCUUCAUGAGCGCCUGGUGAGUCUGCGCAGUGACUAUAACUUGAGACUCAAGGCAGGAGCCACCCAAACCGUGAGCUCUCAGAUCAGUCUAUCGAGUCAGCGUGGACGGCCCGAGCUGGAUGAUGUGACUCUACGCUAUGCCCAAGAUCUACUGGCAUGGGUGGAAGAGAACCAACGCAGAAUUGAAACUGCAGAGUGGGGCUCGGACCUGCCCACCGUGGAGUCCCAACUGGGUAGCCACAGAGGGCUUCAUCAGACAGUGGAGGACUUUAAGGCCAAGAUUGAGCGUGCGAGAAAUGAUGAGAGUCAGCUGUCUCCUGUAAGCAAGAGUACAUAUAGAGAAUACCUGGCCAAACUGGACAUUCAGUAUGCCAAGCUCUUGAACUCAUCCAAGUCUCGUCUGAGGCACCUUGAUCAACUCCAGGCUUUCGUCAGUGCUGCCACUAAAGAACUUAUGUGGCUGAAUGAUAAGGAGGAGGAGGAGGUCAAAUUUGACUGGAGUGACCGUAACACUAACAUGACAGCGAAGAAAGAGAACUACUCCGGACUGAUGCGGGAGCUGGAGCUUCGGGAGAGGAAGAUCAAUGACAUCCAGGCCACCGGCGACAGACUUAUUAAGGAUGGUCAUCCAGGCAGAAAGACUGUUGAGGCUUUCACUGCAGCGCUGCAGACCCAGUGGAGUUGGAUCCUUCAGCUUUGCUGCUGUAUUGAGGCUCAUCUCAAAGAGAACACUGCAUACUAUCAGUUCUUUGCUGAUGUCAAAGCGGCAGACGAGAAGAUGAAGAAAAUGCAGGACAACAUGAAAAAGAAGUACAGCUGUGAUCGCUCUACCACUGCCACUCGUCUGGAAGACCUGUUACAGGAUGCUCUGGACGAGAAAGAACAGCUAAAUGAGUUAAAAACUCAUGUGGCUGGUCUCAACAAGAGAGCCAAAAGCAUCAUCCAGCUUAAGCCUCGCAAUCCCACCACCCCCAUCAAGGGCAAGCUGCCAAUCCAGGCGGUGUGUGACUUCAAACAGAUGGAGAUCACAGUGCACAAAGGAGAAGAGUGUGCACUUCUUAACAACUCACCCCCUGAUAAGUGGAAGGUCCUAAACCAAUCAGGCAGUGACGCCACCGUACCUUCUGUGUGCUUCAUCGUGCCCCCAGUGAACAAAGAAGCUGUAGAGAGUGUGUCUAAUCUGGAUAUGGGUCUCCAGCAAAUGACGAUUCUGUGGCAGAGACUGCAUGGGGAUAUGAAGAGCCUGCUAUCCUGGCAGUACCUCAUGAGAGACAUCCAGAUUAUUCGUUCAUGGAACAUCACCAUACUGAAGACCAUGAAGGUGGAUGAGUAUAGGCAGAUUUUGAGGAAUCUGGAACUUCAUUACCAGGACUUUUUACGAGACACAAAGAAUUCUCAACUCUUCAACCCAGAUGAGUGCAUGCAAACUGAGAAAGACUACAAAAAGUCAACACAAUACUAUGAAGAACUGCUCCGAACUAUGGAGAAAGGUGAUCAGGAUGAGUCGACGUGCAAGACCUACAUCACACAGGUCAGAGACUUGCGUCUGAAGAUUGAGGACUGCGAGUCUCGCACAGUGGCCCGUAUUCGCCAGCCAGUGGAAAAGGACCCGCUGAAGGACUGCCUCCAAAAGGCCACAGACCAGAAAAAAGUGCAUAUGGAGCUGGACGGCAUUAAGAAGAACCUGGAUAAGGUGGCCCAGAAAGCAGAGGAGGUACUCGCCUCUCCUGAGCAGUCUAGCACUCCAGUCCUCCGCUCUGAGCUAGACAUCACCCUGCAGAAGAUGGACCAUACACACUGCCUGUCUUCAGUGUACCUUGAGAAGCUAAAGACAAUAGAGCUGGUGAUUCGCAAUACACAAGGGGCAGAGGACAUUCUUAAACAGUAUGAAGAUCAGCUCCGCAAGGUUUACACUGUCCCAGGAGAUACAGUGGAAGUGGAGACCUACCGUACUGAACUCAAGAAAAUGCGAAGUGAGGCAGAGGGUAAACAGCCCGUCUUUGACGCCCUUGAGGGAGAGCUGUCUAAGGCUACUGCCGUGAGCGAUCGCAUGGCCCAGGUGCACAGAGAGAGGGAUGUUGAGCUUGAUCACUACAAGCAGCUCCUGUCCAACCUGCGAGAGCGCUGGCAUGCCAUUUUUACCCAGAUUGAUCUCCGGCAGCGCGAGCUGGAGCAGCUGGGGAGGCAGCUGGGAUAUUAUCGUGAAAGCUAUGAUUGGCUCAUUCGCUGGAUCACAGAUGCUAGGCAAAGGCAGGAGAAGAUCCAGGCCAUACCCAUUACUGACAGCAAGACCCUGAAAGAACAGCUGGGUCAAGAAAAGAAACUGUUGGAGGAGAUCGAGAAAAACAAAGUGAAAUGUGAUGAAUGCCAAAAAUAUGCCAAAGAUUACAUUGACACCAUUAAGGACUAUGAACUUCAGCUGGUUGCUUACAGAGCACAGGUGGAACCCUUGGCUUCACCCUUGAAGAAAACCAAGAUGGAAUCUGCAUCUGAUAACAUAAUUCAGGAGUAUGUAACACUGAGAACUCGGUAUAGUGAGUUGCUGACCUUGACCAGCCAGUACAUCAAGUUCAUCACAGACACAAUGAGCCGCCUAGAGGACGAGGAGAAAGCUGCCGAAAAGCUUAAAGAGGAGGAGAGGAAAAAAAUUGCUGAAAUGCAAGCCGAGUUAGAUAAACAGAAGCAGCUAGCUGAAGCUCAUAAAAAAGCCAUUGCCAAGUCAGAGAAAGAGGCACAGGAACUCAAACUCAUGAUGGAACAAGAAGUUAGAAAGAGAGAGGAUGUUUCUGUGGAUGCUGAGAACCAAAAGCAUAAUAUUCAGCAAGAGCUGCAUGAGCUCAGAGUAUUGUCAGAACAGCAGAUCAAAUUAAAAAGUCAGCUGGUGGAUGAGGCUCAUCAGAGUCGAGACAAAAUAGAGGAUGAAUUACGUAUUAUCAGACUCCAACUGGAAACUACAUUAAAGCAGAAAUCCACUGCAGAGACAGAACUGAAAAAGCUAAGAGACAAUGCUGCUGAGGCGGAGAGACUCCGUAAAGCAGCUCAGGAGGACGCAGAGAAGUUCCGCAAACAGGUCACUGAAGAAACUCAGAAAAAACUCAAGGCAGAGGAGGAGCUAAGGCUUAAGUCUGAAGCAGAAAGUGAGGCUGCUAAGCAGAAGCAAAAAGCCUUGGAGGCCCUUGACCAGCUCAGGAAACAAGCAGAGGAGGCAGAGAAACGCAUGAAACAGGCUGAGGUGGAAAAAGAAAAACAGAUCAGUGUUGCUCAGGUAGCGGCCCAGCAGCAUGUGACUUAUGUUGAAAAGACAUCAAUACUUGAAGAAACCCUUAAAGAAAAGCAUGGUACUGUCGUUCAGCUGCAAGAGGAGGCUGAACGUCUUAAAAAGCAAUCAGAUGAAGCGGACAGGGCAAGGGAAGGCGCUGAAAAAGAGCUAGAAAAAUGGAGACAGAAAGCCAAUGAGGCUCUUCGCCUAAGACUGCAGGCUGAAGAAGAAGCCCACAAAAAGACUCUUGCGCAGGAAGAAGCGGAGAAGCAGAAAGAAGAAGCUGAGCGUGAGGCAAAGAAGCGGACCAAAGCUGAAGAGUCUGCCCUGAAGCAGAAAGAGAUGGCAGAGCAAGAACUAGAGAGGCAGAGGAAACUGGCUGAAUGUACAGCUCAGCAGAAGCUCUCAGCUGAACAGGAGCUCAUCCGUUUAAGGUCUGACUUUGAUCAUGCAGAGCAGCAAAGAUCCCUGCUUGAAGAUGAGCUUUACCGCUUAAAGAAUGAGGUGAAUGCCGCCAUGCAACAGCGAAAGCAACUUGAGGAUGAGCUGGCCAAGGUCAGAAGUGAAAUGGACAUACUUAUACAGCUCAAGGCCAAAGCUGAGAAGGAAAGCAUGUCUAACAUUGUAGAGAGAAAAGAACUUCUUGAAGCUGAAGCUGCUAAAAUGAGGGAACUUGCAGAAGAAGCAGCUAAGCUUCGCACAAUUGCUGAAGAGGCAAAAAGGCAAAGGCAGGUAGCUGAGGAGGAAGCUGCCAGACAAAGAACAGAAGCGGAAAGAAUACUGAAAGAAAAACUUGCAGCAAUCAAUGAGGCUACUUGCCUUAAAACAGAAGCAGAGAUAGCACUCAAAGAGAAAGAGGCAGAAAAUGAGCGUCUCCGAAGGAAAGCUGAAGAUGAGGCAUACCAAAGGAAGGCUUUCGAAGAUCAAGCAAGCCAGCACAAGCAAGACAUUGAGGAGAAGAUAAACCAGCUAAAGAAAUCUUCUGAUAUGGAAUUAGAGAGACAGAAAGCAAUAGUAGAUGACGCUCUCAAACAGAGGAGGGUUGUUGAAGAAGAGAUCCGCAUCUUAAAACUUAAUUUUGAAAAGGCAUCAUCUGGUAAGCUUGAUUUGGAGCUUGAAUUGAAUAAACUGAAAAAUAUUGCCGAUGAAACCCAGCAGAGUAAGUUGCGGGCUGAAGAAGAAGCAGAAAAAUUCCGUAAGCUUGCCUUGGCGGAAGAGAACAAAAGACGGGAGGCUGAGGAAAAGGUUAAAAAGAUUGCCGCAGCAGAGGAAGAAGCGGCUCGACAGCGGCGGAUUGCCCAAGAAGAGGUGGAGCGUCUCAAAAUGAGGGCAGAAGAAGCCAAAAGACAUAAGGAUGAAGCUGAUAAAGCAGCUGAGAAACAGAUUUUUGCAGCAGAAGAAGCAGUGCAGAGAUGUAGUGCUGCUGAACAGCAAGUUCAGAGUGUACUUUUGCAGCAGAAGAAAGACAACCUUGUACAGGAAAAACUGAAGGAAGAAUAUGAGAGAGCUAAAAAGCUUGCUGAAGAAGCAAAUAAGGCCAAAGAAAAGGCAGAAAAAGAGGCCGCCCUUCUUCAUCAAAAAGCAUUAGAGGCAGAGGUUCAGCGGCAAGCUGCUGAAGCUGAAGCUGCCAGCCAAGCCAAAGCACAGGAGGAUGCUGAGAGACUGAGAAAAGAGGCUGAGUUAGAAGCAGCUAAACUUGCUCAAGCAGAAGCUGCUGCACUGAAACAGAAACAACAAGCUGAUGCAGAAAUGUCCAAGCACAAACUGCUGGCAGAGCAAACACUCAAGCAGAAGUCUCAGAUUGAGCAAGAGCUUACCAAGGUGAAAGUGCAGCUGGAUGAAACUGACAAACAGAAAUCUCUUCUCGAUGAGGAGCUUCAUCGCCUUAAGGAUGAGGUUAGUGAUGCUGUUAGACAAAAGGGCCAGGUAGAGGAAGAACUUUUCAAGGUUAAGAUUCAAAUGGAGGAGCUCCUGAAACUCAAACUCAGAAUGGAAGAGGAGAAUCACCGUCUCAUGAAAAAGGACAAAGAUAACACACAGAAGUUUCUGGCUGAGGAGGCUGAGAACAUGAAAAAGUUAGCUGAAGAAGCCGCAAGACUCAGUGUAGAGGCUCAGGAGGCUGCACGCCUGAGACAAAUAGCAGAAUCUGACCUUGCUCAGCAAAGGGCACUUGCUGAAAAAAUGCUUAAAGAAAAAUUGCAGGCUAUUCAGGAAGCAUCCAAGUUGAAAGCUGAAGCAGAAAUGCUUCAGAGACAAAAAGACUUGGCACAAGAGCAGGCUCAGCAGCUGCUAGAAGACAAGCAGCAGAUGCAACAACGACUUGAAGAAGAGACCAAAAAACUGGAAGUACAGCACUUAUCCAGUAUCAAAGAAGCUGAUGAGCUGCGCAGAGCAAUUACUAAACUUGAAAAAGAAAAGGAAAAAUUGAAAAAAGAGGCAGAAGAUUUGCAGAAAAAGUCCAAAGAGAGCGCAAAUGCUCAGCAGGAACAAAUUAUACAGGAGAAAACAAUACUUCAGGAAACAUUCAUCUUAGAAAAGCAACAGUUGCUGACGAAGGAAAAGCUAAUUGAAGAUGAUAAAAAGAAACUAGAAAACCAGCUUGAAGAAGAAGUUAAAAAGUCCAGAGCUCUAAAAGAUGAACAAGAUCGCCAGAAAAGACAAAUGGAAGAGGAGAAGAAUAAACUCCAGGCUACCAUGGAUGCUGCUCUUAGGAAACAAAAGAUAGCUGAAGAAGAAAUGUUCAGUAAACAAAAGGAGAUGCAAGAGCUUGAGAGGAAAAGGCUUGAGCAGGAAAAACAUCUUGCUGAUGAAAACAAGAAAUUACGUGAACAGCUCAUGCAGCUUGAAGUAAUUCAAAAACAACACCGGGAAAUGGAGAACCUGUCCAAAAACCUUAAUGGACAGAGUGUUGAAGUGGAUAGUAGAAAUGGAGACUCUGCACUAUCGUUUGAUGGCAUCCGUGAGAAGGUUCCUGCACUCCGCCUGUUAGAAGUAGGCCUCUUAAACAAAAAGGACUAUGAUAAUUUAACCAAAGGCAAGAUCACAGUAGAUGAGCUUAGCCAGAGAGAAAAUCUUAAUACUAUGCUUAAGGGCAAUAACUGUAUUGGUGGUUUGCUUGUUCAUCCAAACCGUAAAAUACCCAUUUAUGAAGCAAUCAAAACGAAGAAAAUUGCUCCUGGAACUGGUGUGAUACUUCUAGAAGCACAGGCAGCCUCUGGAUACAUCAUUGAUCCUGUUAAUAACAAGAAGUUAUCUGUCAAUGAAGCAGUAAAGGAAGGUCUUAUAGGCCCUGAACUUCAUAACAAAAUGCUGUCUGCAGAGAAAGCUGUCACUGGAUACAAAGAUCCCUACACAGAGGCAAAGAUUUCACUGUUUGAAGCCAUGAAGAAAGGACUUAUUUUGGAAGACCAGGCCAUUAGAUUGCUUGAGGCUCAACUUGCAACAGGGGGAAUUAUUGACCCAGUCAACAGCCACCGUGUACCAAUUGAAACAGCAUAUAAGCAAGGUCAGUUCAAUGCAGAGAUGAACAAAAUUCUCCAGGAACCCUCUGAUGACACCAAGGGAUUCGUUGAUCCAAAUACCCAAGAAAACCUCACGUAUUUGCAGUUAAUGAAGACAUGUGUCACAGAUCCUGAAACAGGAUUGCUUCUCUUACCAGUUUCUGAAGAUGCUGCUCUUAAUGCCAAAACAUUCACAGAUGAAGAAACAAAGGAUGUUUUCAAUAAGACAACUGUGUCUGUACCAUUUGGAAGAUUCAAAGGAAAGACUAUUACAAUUUGGGAAAUAAUUAAUUCCGAAUACUUUACAGAAGAACAGAAAAGGGAUUUAAUUCGGCAAUACAAAACAAGCAAGAUUACAGUGGAAAAGAUUAUCAAGAUUAUAAUUACUGUUGCUGAAGAAAAAGAGAAAGCAAGUGAGCUUGAAUUUGAUGGCCUUAGAGCACCUGUUCCUGCAGCAGAGCUUUUAGAAUCAAAAGUCAUUGACAAAGACCUUUAUAACAAGUUACACAAAGGAAAUAAGACUGUCAAAGAGGUGUCUGAGAUGGAGCCUGUGCACAAAGCCCUGAAGGGUAGCAACUGCAUUGCAGGCGUAGUCAUCGACUCAACUAAACAGACAAUGUCAUUCUACGAGGCUAUGAAAAAAGAUGUGAUGAGGCCAGGCCCUGCUCUGAGUCUUUUGGAAGCUCAAGCGGCAACUGGAUAUAUCAUAGACCCUGUGAAAAAACAGAAUUUUACAGUAGAUGAAGCUGUAAAGGCAGGUGUUGUUGGCCCAGAGGUACAUGAAAAACUGCUGUCUGCUGAACGAGCUGUCACUGGCUACAGAGAUCCUUACACUGGAAAAACAGUGUCUCUCUUUGAGGCAAUGAAAAAGGAACUGAUAAACAAAGACCAGGGAAUUCGAUUUCUUGAUGCACAACUGGCAACAGGAGGUAUCAUAGAUCCAGUUAAAAGUUACCGCAUUCCACAGGACGUUGCCUACAAGCGGGGUUACUUUGAUGACGAAACUUUUAAGGUAUUGGCCAACCCAACCGAUGACAUAAAGGGUUUUUAUGAUCCAAACACUCAGGAGUAUGUCACAUAUCAACAGCUGCAGAAGAGAUGCAUUGCAGACAAAAGGACUGGGCUUCAGCUUCUGCCCUUGUCAGAACAAGCAAUCAAUGCUAAAGAGGAACAGAAGUACACUGAAGCACAGACCAAAGAAGCAAUGACACAGGAAUCAGUGGAGAUUCACAGUGGACCAUUUAAAGGCAGAAAAGUUACCAUCUGGGAGAUAAUCAAUUCUGAAUAUCUUACUGAGGAACAACGACUUGAUUUACUCAGGCAGUUCAGAUCUGGAAAAGUGACAAUUGAGAAGUUAAUAAAAAUUAUAAUCACAAUUGUGGAGGAUGGAGAAGCCAAAAAGCAAGAACAGUCCAGUUUCAAGGGGCUUAGAGCUCCUGUCCCGGCUAAAUCUCUUUUGGAUUCCAAAAUUAUUGAUAAGACUACCUAUGAUUUGCUUCAACAGGGUAAGAAGACUCCAGAUGAAGUAAGCAAACACAACUCUGUUAGUAAGUACUUACAAGGCUCUGAAACCAUUGCUGGUAUUUACCUUGAACCUACAAAAGAAAAGCUUGGUAUUUAUCAAGCAAUGAAAAAGAAUAUUUUGAGACAGGACACAGGAAUUGCUCUACUUGAAGCCCAAGCUGCUACAGGUUUCAUGGUGAAUCCUGUAAAGAAUCAAUUUUUCACAGUUGAUGAUGCUGUUAAAGCAGGCCUUGUGGGACCAGAACUUCAUGAAAAACUUCUCAUUGCUGAAAAAGCUGUUACUGGCUACAAAGACCCAUUCACAGGCAAAAUUAUUCCCUUGUUUCAAGCCAUGCAAAAAGAGCUCAUACCCAAAGAGCAUGCUAUGCCAUUCUUGGAGGCACAGUUUUCCACUGGUGGAAUUAUUGAUCCAGUGAACAGUCAUCGAAUUCCCACUGAUGUGGCUUGCCAGCGGGGAUAUUUUAGCAAGGAAAUGGCCAGCAUUAUGGCAGAAGCCUCAGACACAAACAAAACCUAUUCUGAUCCUAAUACUGAAGAGAAUGUGUCAUAUAAACAGUUAAAAGACAAGUGUAUGACAGACCCUGAGACAGGCUUGAACUUUUUACGACUGUCCAAACCUCAGGCACCAACAGUGGUUGAAAAGACUUACCUUUAUACAGAAGAACAAACCCAGAAUGAUCUAUCUAGUACUAAGGUUGAUCUACCAAUUGAAGGCAUUGCUGAAGGCUCAAUGUCCCUCUGGGAUGUCAUGAACUCUAAUCUGCUACCAGAAGAAGAAAGACAGAAGCUCUUGGAUGAAUAUCGUUCUGGCAAAAUAACUAAAGAACGAAUGAUUAUUAUAAUCAUUGAGAUAAUGGAGCACAGAGAAAUCAUCAAAGGAGAGAACAUCAAGUCAUGUGACAUGGGCAGACGCAGAGUCACAAUUGAAGAACUCUAUAGUGCCCGUAUAAUUGACAUUGAAACAUUCAAUCUGCUAAAGCAAGGGAAGAAGACUAUUCGUGAGAUCAUGGAGUUACAGAGUGUUAAACAAUACCUGUUUGGUACUGGUAGCAUUGCUGGCAUGGCCCCUGAUUCCAAAUCUAAAUGCAGUAUUUAUCAGGCAAUGAAGAGAGGGCUUAUAAAUCAAGAAGAUGCAAUUGUCCUCUUGGAGGCCCAGGCAGCCACUGGAUUUAUCAUUGAUCCUGUCAAGAACGAGAUGCUCACAGUUGAUGAAGCAGUGCGCAAAGGUGUUGUAGGGCCAGAAAUUCAUGACAAACUGCUGUCGGCCGAAAGAGCAGUCACUGGGUACAAGGAUCCUUACAGUGGCAAAAUAAUUUCCCUCUUCCAGGCAAUGAAAAAGGAACUUGUGCCAGACGACUAUGCUUUAAGGCUGCUUGAAGCUCAGACAGCAACUGGUGGUAUAAUAGAUCCAGAAUUCAACUUCCAUCUGCCAGCAGAUGUUGCAACACAGCGUGGCUAUAUCAACAAAGAAACAUAUGAGAAACUAAAUGAUGAAGUUAAAGGAUACGUUGAUCCUGUUACAGAGGAAAAACUCUCAUAUGCAAAACUGCUAAAGAGAUGCAGGCUUGAUAAAGAUGGACUAUAUUUGUUGCCUUUAGCAGAAAAAAGGCCAAUGUUUAAGGGUCUCAGAAAAGAAAUCACAAUUGAGGAAUUGAUACGCUCACAAAUAAUCGAUGCAGAAACAGUCUCUGCACUUAACGAGGGUCUCUUAACAGUUGAAGAGGUGAGCAGCAGGCUUAAGAAAUAUCUUCAGGGCACAAGCUGUAUUGCUGGUGUGUUUGUGGAAGCAACUAAAGAUCGCCUUUCUAUAUACCAAGCCAUGAAGAAAAAUAUGAUCAGACCAGGGACUGCCUUUGAACUGCUGGAAGCCCAAGCAGCUACAGGAUACAUAAUUGACCCAAUUAAGAACCUUAAAUUAACAGUCGGCGAAGCUGUGAAGAUGGGAAUUGUGGGCCCAGAGUUUAAAGACAAGCUUAUGUCUGCUGAACGGGCUGUAACUGGAUACCGUGAUCCUUAUACAGGUAAAACCAUCUCACUGUUUCAGGCUAUGAAAAAAGGUCUGAUUCUCAAAGAUCAUGGAAUUCGCCUCCUUGAAGCUCAGAUUGCUACUGGAGGAAUCAUUGACCCUGAGGAGAGCCAUCGCUUGCCUGUAGAAGUGGCUUACAACCGUGGUUUCUUUGAUGAAGAGAUGAAUGAGAUCCUCUCUGAUCCCUCUGAUGAUACCAAGGGCUUUUUUGACCCAAACACAGAGGAGAACCUAACAUAUCUGCAGCUGAUGGAAAGAUGCAUUAUAGAUCCAGAGACUGAUCUUGUACUUUUACUCCUAAAGGAGAAAAAACGAGAGAGAACAACAUCCUCCAAAUCCUCUGUUCGCAAACGCAGAGUUGUUAUUGUUGAUCCUGAGUCGGGCAAAGAAAUGUCUGUGUAUGAAGCCUACCGCAAAGGGCUAAUCGAUCAUCAAACAUACCUUGAACUUGCAGAGCAGGAAUGUGAAUGGGAAGAAAUCACAAUGACAUCAUCCGAUGGCGAGGAAAAAUCCAUAAUCAUUGACAGAAGGUCAGGUCGCCAAUAUGACAUAGCUGAUGCUCUGGCAAGAAAUUUUAUUGAUCAGUCCGCUCUUGACCAGUAUCGUUCUGGCAACCUUGCUAUUACAGAAUUUGCUGACAUGUUGUCUGGAAACAUGGGUGGCUUUCGCUCCCGGUCAUCAUCCAUAGGGUCCUCUUCAUCUUAUCCAAUGAGUCCGUUACCAUCCAUUAAAACACCCACAACUGUGUGGAAUGAUCCAACUGAAGAGACAGGACCUGUGGCAGGAAUUCUUGAUACAGACACUUUAGAGAAGAUUUCAGUCACUGAAGCCAUGCACAGGAACAUAGUGGAUAGCAUCACUGGCCAAAGACUGCUGGAGGCACAAGCUUGUACUGGUGGCAUAAUAGACCCUUCAACUGGACAAAAGUACUCUGUUGUUGAUGCAACCAAUAAGGGCCUUCUGGAUAAGAUAAUGGUUGACAGAAUUAACCUAGCACAAAAAGCCUUCAGUGGAUUUGAGGAUCCCAGAACCAAAGUUAAAAUGUCUGCUGCUCAAGCUCUUAAGAAAGGAUGGUUGUAUUAUGAAGCUGGUCAGCGUUUUCUGGAAAUCCAGUAUCUUACUGGUGGCCUUAUUGAACCAGAGGCUGAAGGAAGAGUCUCUCUAGAAGAGUCAAUCCGAAAAGGCACUAUAGAUGUCCGCACAGCCCAAAAGCUAAGGGAUGUGAGUGCUUAUUCCAAAUACCUUACAUGCCCAAAAACUAAACUCAAGAUCUCCUACAAGGAUGCAAUGGAAAGAAGCAUGGUUGAAGAAGGAACUGGGCUAAGGUUGCUAGAAGCCUGUUCGCAGUCUAGUAAAGGCCUUUACAGUCCAUUUAAUAUCAGUGGUGCUGGGUCUGCUACUGGCUCAAGAUCUGGAUCCAGGACAGGAUCUAGAUCAGGCUCAAGAAGAGGUAGCUUCGAUGCCACUGGUUCCGGCUUCAGCAUGAACUUCUCUUCUUCUUCCUACACAUCCAGCAGUUAUUCUCGCAGAUUCUAAUACUGCCCCUACUAUGCAUUUAGCCCAAACACUCAGAGCACUGUCAGUUAUACAACCUUGUAGAUUUCAAGAUCUGCUUGUUUAAAAAAAAUCCCCAACUACACACUACAACUACAGAAGACAUAGAUUUAUUUAUUAAUUUUAAUUUUAACUUUUUGUCAUAGAAAAGUGCAUUCCAGAAACUACUGUUAUGUUCUUAUUGGGGCCUGAUGACAAUGACCCAUUAUAUGUAGUUUGGGUGCUUAAACACUAUGCAUUGUAUAGUCAACAAUGAGAAUUAUUAUUUUUCCCCUAACAUCAUAUCAUUUGUAACAAUUGAGUAAUGCUGAACGUUCUGUCCAUUACUCACAUACCACUGCUGAUUUUAUAGGAAACGUUAUUAUGGUUAACUACAUUACUUAUCUAGUGAUUUUUUUAUUUUUUUAUUUUUUACACAAGAGUACUUUUAUUAACUACUACUUCUAGGCUGCAUUUGUUCUUUAAUUUAAGAUUUUUUUUUUCUUUAAUUUUCUUUAUUUUUUACUUGGAUUUGUUUUCAAGUUAACAAACCAGGACAGAUGCCAAAACAGACAAGAAAAUUCUUACCAAGAUUACAAGGAUACAUAUGUUUAUGUUUAUGCAUGUAUAUGGCUGGUUAACUGAAAGUGCCAUCAUGGAAGUAGUGGAGUUUUGCAAAUAAUAUUUCUGAAUGUAUAGAGAAAAAUAUUACAUAACAUUUUGAUGUUAACACUGGAGAAGGAAAGCACACUUAACGUAACAUGAACUAUGCCACUAUUUUGCAUCUCACAACAAACAAAUAUAUUUCCACAUAUGGAGGUAUAUGACUUAUUUAUUAACAUCUGAAUGUCCUUUAUAAAACCAAUAAUUAAGAGCACCGAUAUCCCCUGCCACAAUGAAACACCUACACAGUUCACAUUCAUUUCAUUCAAGUGGUCCUGGUGUAUUGUGCCAAGAAGAUUUAAGAUGUCAGCCCCUACCUCUACUCGUAGCAUCUGGACAAACCUGAAUGUGAUGCUGAGCAUUUGAUACUUUUUUUAUCUGUAACCAAAGCUGUAGUAAUGGAAGAGAGUAUGCGCUUAGUCAGUAAGGUCGAUGUCCGCCAGCAGCCCUCAGCUCAAAGCAUUCAGAUCUGCAGUGAGCCUUUCAUUCCUUUCUUCUGUUGCUUCUACAGUAUCAUUUGCUCAGAGACGGUAGAGGCUAGGGUUUCCCUGAAGUGUUCCUUGAAUAUCAUACCAGCAAUUGACUGUCAUCAGCUGAACAUUUCAUGGCAUGACUGUCGACAUUGUUCACACAAAAACUUAAUUUUGGCAAAAAUACUUCUUGUGAGCCACUGUUUUCAAUUAAAGACGAAGUAUAACUUUGCUGAAAGAUAUUUUGACAGUAAGGUUUUACUUCCUAUAUUUCCUCUUAUCUUUUUCACAUUGCUAUUAGGCAGUAUAAAGCAUUUGAUAUGCAUUCCCCUAGUUCCCCUUUUCAGAGUGUGCUACUGUAUUCUGCAGAAUUAUGAGUUCAGCAAUACAAAUUAGUGUAUUAGAAUAUAUUGUGGGAGUUUUGUUUCUCCAUUUUUAAGACAAAUAUAGAUUUUUUUUCCUUGAUCAGUGUUUUUUUUCCAAUUCACUGCUUAUUUUCUAGAAAGUACUUGACUUGUGUAUAUCUUCAUAUUUAGUUUUCAUUUUCUUUAUUUUGAUAUCAUGUUCUGUAAUAUAUUUGCCUUGCAUGGUCUACUAACUUGAUAUGACAUUUUAGAAAAUUGAGAUGAAGAGCAGAUAUAUGAAUUCAUACAUGAUAAGGGUCAUUUUGAGGUUAAACCUUAUUAUUACAAAUAUAUGAAAUCUAAACUGAACUGUGCAUGAGGUGUAAUGCUGGGAGGAAAUUGCAUUGCUUUUAAAAAUGAAAAUCUCAUAUUCUAAUGUAAAUAAAAAAUAAUAGAAAUAUAA